UCAAGUUUGUUGUGUUUUUGUAUCACAGCUGAUAUUGAAAAAAAUCGUGGAACUUUAUUUUUUUACACUAACUAUUAUAUUUUCCGGUAGUUUCCGGACUUUGCCAAAUGAUUAGAUGACUGACACAGUGAUAUCGAGUUCAGAAUGAGGCGUAGCUUAGCUCCCAGCCAGGUUGGCGCCGGCGACAGUGUGUUCAAAAGCCCUCUACUAAAUUCAACUAAACGAAAGAAGCGGCAAUGUACAAGGAUACCGCUGGCGCAAAAAUCUGCUUCACAGACCCUCUCGACCUCCGACCAUGAGAAUCUCAUCAAGCAAAUCCUGAGUAAGCCUUUCAAAGUUCCUAUUCCGAACUAUGUAUCAUCUUACUGUAGUAAAAGUCUAGGGUUAAAGAGAACCCAAGUAAGGCGACCCUUACACGAUCCCGAUGAACCGAAUGCACUGGUGUUGUUCCUUCCAAAGCCCAUUCCAGAACAUGAGAAGAUGAAAAUGAACCCUAACGACAUAGAAGUGGCAGUAGUCGUCGAUCCAGUGCUAGGUAACAUCUUACGUCCCCACCAGAGAGACGGAGUCAAGUUCAUGUAUGACUGUGUCACAGGAAAACAGAUUGAAAAUGCUUAUGGCUGUAUAAUGGCUGAUGAAAUGGGUUUAGGUAAAACACUGCAGUGUAUCACUCUUCUAUGGACCCUCCUGAGACAGGGGCCUAACUGCAAACCGACAAUUAGUAAAGCUAUAAUUGUGUGCCCUAGCAGUUUAGUCAAGAAUUGGUAUAACGAAAUACAAAAAUGGCUCGGUCAAAGAAUAAAUGCCUUACCAAUGGAUGGGGGUACAAAAGCAGAGAUAACUUUGAAACUACAGCAAUUUAUGAACACAUUUGCUACAAUAAGAGUUGCUACACCUGUGUUGAUAAUAUCCUAUGAAACAUUCCGGAUAUAUUCAAACAUUUUGCAUUCAUCCGAAGUAGGAUUGGUCUUGUGUGAUGAGGGACACAGAUUAAAGAACAGUGAGAAUCAAACGUACCAAGCUCUAAUGGGACUGAAGGCUAAAAGAAGAAUUCUUAUAUCCGGCACACCCAUACAGAAUGAUCUCACAGAAUACUUCAGUCUUGUUCAUUUUGUAAACGAAGGAAUUCUCGGUACCGCACAGGAUUUCAAGAAACGAUAUGAAAAUCCUAUUUUGAAAGGUCAAGAUGCUCUGGCUACAAGUCAAGAGAGAGAAAGAGCACAAGAAUGCCUCAAUACUCUCACAUCAAUUGUGAAUAAAUGUAUGAUUCGUCGAACUAGCAGUCUAUUAACUAAAUACUUGCCGGUCAAGUUUGAACAAGUUAUUUGCGUGAAGAUGACUCCUCUGCAGACACAACUGUACAAGAAUUUCAUUAACUCAGACGCCAUAAGAAAUAAAUUUGCUGGAAAUGGUGAAAAGAACACUUUGAGUGCUCUAUCUAGUAUAACAAUGCUGAAGAAACUGUGUAACCAUCCAGAUUUGGUGUAUGAUAAAAUUAUUGAAAGAUCCGAAGGCUUCGAAAAGGCGAGAGACUUGCUACCGAGCAACUACGACGUCAAGGAUGUGAGACCGGAGUAUUCUGGAAAGUUAAUGAUUCUCGAUUGCAUAUUGGCGAAUUUGAAAACUAAUACAGAUGACAAGAUAGUCCUCGUAUCGAAUUACACUCAAACUCUUGAUUUAUUUGAGAAAUUGUGUCGUAAGAGAAGCUACCAAUAUGUCAGGUUAGAUGGAUCCAUGACGAUUAAGAAGCGAGCCAAAGUUGUAGAAAGCUUUAACAAUAAGGAUUCUAAAGAAUGGAUAUUUAUGUUGAGUUCGAAAGCAGGAGGCUGUGGACUCAAUCUCAUCGGUGCUAAUCGGUUGAUCAUGUUUGACCCAGAUUGGAAUCCUGCAAAUGAUGACCAGGCGAUGGCUAGAGUGUGGCGCGACGGACAGAAGAAACCGUGCUACAUUUACAGACUUCUAGCUACAGGGACAAUAGAAGAGAAGAUAUUCCAAAGACAAGCACACAAAAAGGCAUUAAGUGACACCGUCGUUGAUCAAAAUGAGGAAUCUUUACGUCAUUUUACAUCGGACGACUUGAAAGACUUGUUUAGAUUGGAAGAAAACACUUUGUCGGACACGCACAGCAAGUUUAGGUGUAAAAGAUGUGUUAAUAAUAUACAGGUUACGGUACCACCAGAGAACUCUGACUGUACAUCAGAUUUAUCAAAUUGGUACCACUGUGCUGAUAAGAAAAAUUUAGCUGAUCUAGUACUCAAACAAUGUUGGGAUCUCGCUAAAAGCAUAUCCUUUGUAUUUCACCAUAGAUCAGCUAAGACGGAAGCGCAGAAGGAAAAUCAAGAGGAAGAAAAAGAGAAUAUUCCAGAACGUAAGAGAAGGAAGAUUGAAAUUGAUGAGGAUUACUCGGAGCCUGACGACAGUGCUGAUGAGGACUAUGAAUAAUCAUGUUUUACUAAGUUUUAUUAAUCAUGUUGUUGCUACAUAAGAAGUACUAGAAAAAUUAUGUUUCUGUUAAAGAUGAAGUGAAAUAAGUAUCAAAUUGUGUUUAAAUUAUAUUAGUUUAGCAAGUCUAUGAGAGAUCGCAGAAUAAUACUCUGAAAAGAAAUUUGUUUUUUUUUUUUUUUUUAAUAUAGACUUGCACUUUUAUUUUUAUUUACUUUAAAUCCUGGUUCACUAAUCACUUAAAAAAAUCAUCUUAAAGGUGUUAUUUUAUUCAAAUUAUGUUUACUUUGUUAAAAUUGUAAAUACCAUGUAAAAGUUUGAUUUAAGGGGCACGAGAUGUGUCUGCCCGCGAAAU